GGCUUGCAGCGGGAGAUCUGUCAGUGCGUUGAGCGCCCCCAUAUCUCCUUACCCUAGCCACGGGUGUCUAAAGAACGCGGAUGGGAAAUAUGGGGACGAUCUUACCCACGGAGAAACGCCAUCUCUAUGCUACUUUAUCUCGCGGAGAUGCUGGAAAUGCUGGGUGAGGUCAGAGGCUGCGUUGAUGUAUACUUAUAUAUCUGGACAGCAGGUGUGAUGCAGUUGACAAGCUGUUCCGUUGCGAUCACUCCGGUGUAUUCGUUCUCCACUGAUCUGGUACGGUUCUGGAUACUGGACUUGAUCAUACCUGGAUCCUAGGACUUUGCAUUUGGACUUACGAUUACCAAGAUGGGUACCUUCUCGCUCCUCUGGCGUGCGCCAGAAGUGAACCCCAUCAACCAAAAAGCCCGUUCUAUCCCCUUUUUCAACCCCAUCUCCACAACCUAUGGCCGCACAUUCUUCUUCUCCUGGUUCGGAUUCAUGAUCGCCUUCUGGUCGUGGUAUGCCUUCCCACCCCUCCUAGCAGACGUCAUCGCAGGCGACAUCCACAUGGCGCCCUACGAAGUUGCCAAUUCUAAUAUCAUCGCCCUAACCGCAACGCUCAUCGUUCGUCUAAUCGCAGGUCCCUGCUGCGACCACUUCGGCCCACGCCUCACCUUCGCCAGUUGUCUUCUCGCCGGCGCGAUCCCCACAUUCCUCGCCGGCACCGUGACCAACGCCUCCGGACUCUACGCACUCCGGUUCUUUAUUGGCAUUCUGGGAGGCAGCUUUGUGCCGUGCCAGGUCUGGACGACGGGGUUUUUCGACAAGAAUGUGGUGGGUACGGCGAAUGCGCUUGCUGGUGGACUGGGGAAUCUCGGUGGAGGUAUUACUUACUUCGUCAUGCCUGCUGUCUACAAGGCGUUGGUAGGCGAUGGGCUGCCGAGUCACAAGGCGUGGCGUGUGAGCUUCGUUGUGCCCGGUAUCCUUAUUGUUUUCGUUGCGAUCUGCCUCGUUGUGCUGUGCGAGGAUACGCCGACGGGAAAGUGGAACGAGCGCAUCGCUGCGGCGGAAGAGAGUCUGAGACGUCAUGAUGUUAUCCACGAUGGAAAGGUUGGGACGCAUGAGGGAGAGGUUGUUAAUAUCAAGGGCGAUUUGCAGGAUGUUCCGCGCCCGAGUCUGACGAGCUCGAGGCUGGGGAGUACGGCGGAGAUUGAGAAGAGUCAGGCUCCUUCGCCGGCGAGUGAGGAUGAGAAGAAGCGUGGCUGGAAGGAUAACGAAACGCAGCAGACGGAUGUGCAGAUGUACAACACCGCCACAACCGAGAUCGUUCAGAAGCCCUCCUUCACCAGCAUCCUGGCUACCAUGUUCUCUCUCCAGACAUUGGUCCCUGCAGCAUGCUAUUUCUGCACUUUCGGCGCCGAGCUCAGCAUCAACAGCAUUUUGGGCAACUACUACAUGCACAAUUUCCCCACCAUGUCGCUCCAAGCCUCCGGGAACUGGGCUGCUAUGUUCGGUCUCCUGAACGGUGUGGCACGUCCUCUUGGUGGGUACAUAUCAGACCUGGCCUAUCGAAAGUCGGGACACAGCGUGUGGGCGAAGAAGAUCGUGCUGCACGCAUAUGGUAUUCUCACUGGUGUGUUCCUGAUAAUCAUCGGUGUGCUCAACUCCAAGGACGAGAGCACAAUGAUGGGCCUCGUCGGCGCAAUGGCAGUCUUCCUCGAGGGAGCCAACGGUGCGGAUUUCGGAUUGGUGCCGCAUGUGCACCCACAUGCCAACGGUGUCGUUUCUGGUUUCACCGGCGCGAUGGGUAACCUUGGAGGCAUCGUCUUCGCCAUCAUCUUCCGGUAUAACGGCAAGAAUUACGGCAAGGUGUUCUAUAUCAUCGGCGCCAUCGUCAUCGGCAUCAAUGUGGCGGUCAGCUGGAUCAGGCCGGUUGCGAAGCAGCCGAUUGGUGGGCGAUAA